UUGUUACAAUGUUUAAGUAGCACCUUUUUAAUUUAAGUUCGUUUUUUACUUUAAUCUUCUAUAUUUAUGGUUUAAAUUUAGUUAUUUUAUAAUUUAUCUGCUAUUAACGCAUUAAAAAUAUUGCAAAUAUUUUUGUUUUAAUAUGGUGCACAUUCUUAUCAAUCCAUACCCUAUCAUACAGUGAAUUUUAAUACAUUUGAAACAAGAAGUAUCUUUAAAAAGAUACUCGGCCGAAGUCAAACUUGUUAUCUUGCAUAGGAUAAGAUACUACUAACCAUGCUUACCGCAAACAGAACAUUUUAUUCGUCCUCAAUAGUUUUAUUUAAGUUCAUUUUUCUCCAUUAAUUGUCAUCUAAGAUUUAAACAAUAUUACUUUCAUUAUUUGAUUUUAAUCAAAAUGGAAUUUGAUUUGAUUAGGAAUUUAUAACAAAACAAAGAUUUAGUAGAUAAUGCACACUAAUUCCGAGGAGAAUUUGGAACUGUAAAUUAGUCGAAAGUUCGUUUAAAUAAUCUUAUGCCCGGUUCGAGAAGAGAAUUUAAUGACUAGAACAGCUUAGAAAAGAAACCUAAUCGAACGCAAAAGUAUCAAAAAGGCGAUCUGUCAUAUUUAUUUUCAUAUAAUUAUUGAAAAGCUGUUAGAAACAUCUAGAAAAUAUCAUUAUUGUGUUUUUAUAUUUAUUCUGACUUCUUUCUUUUUCAAACACUUAUUGCCAUCGCGCAAUCGAACAGACCUCUACCUAUAACGGAUGCUCUUCUAAAAUAUCAAUCGAACAGGCUAUUAUUGUUAAAAUGACCAAUUGAAAUUCUGCCUAUAUUCAUUUCUUUACUUUUAAUUUUAGCGGAAGUCAAGGUUCAGACGGCCUUAGGUCGAAAAAAAAGAUAAAUGUAAAUUUUGCAAGCUAAUGUGAUCCUAAAAUUUAAAAUGUAAAUACAUGUAUAUUGGCAAAAUGAUGUUACAGCUAUUUUAUGCUUAAUAAAUUAAAGAUUUUGUCUAUACAGUUACAAAAAGCCGAUUUUAAUUCUUUAUUCAGACAAAAUAUUUUUAUUGAUAAUGGGGAAAAAUUGACACUAUUUUUUAUUUUUUGUCUCUUAUUCCUAGCAGGCUGCAUUGAAAUAUAAAAGAAUGUACUUGUAUUUGUGCAUUUUUUUGGAAUAAGAUGAAUGGUUAAACUUAUGAUUAAUAUUUUGUUACAUACCCACUAGUACGUAAAAUAUGCCUACCCAAGCUAAGGAUGGAGAAAGUAGUCACGUCAGUCCGGACAAAAUUAUUGAAGAUAUUGGCGGAUGUGGUCGGUUUCAGGUACGCAUGGCAAUAGUUGUUCAUCUCAUCAAGACAAUAAUCUGCUUCACAUUUACUGGAAUGAUUUUCAUAUCAAAGACGCCAGCGUGGUGGUGUGAGGAUGAAAUGAUUGGAAAGAAUAUGACGUCAUGUAUUGCUGACGUAAACGGGACAUCAUUUGAUUUCUGUCCGAAGAAAGCGUGUAAUAUAAAUGGAGCGGCGUGUUCUAGAGUGAAUUUUGAUAGAAGCCUUACAACAGUAGCCACUGAGUUCAAUCUUGUUUGUGAUCAAGACUUUAUUCCAAGUACGAUCAGCUCAGUACAAAUUGCUGGUACACUUGUUGGCAAUAUUGCUGCGGGACAAAUUGCCGAUUUAAUUGGGCGCAAACCACCAUUUUUUGCAUCAAUUCUUCUUAUUUUCUCAUUUAAUAUUGUCGGCUAUUUUUCAUCAAGUUGGCAAGUAUUCGCAGUUGCACGAUUUUUCCUUGGCAUUGGCUGUGGUUUCUUUCUGACGACACAAUAUUGUUUCCUUUCGGAAUUUUCUCUGGCACGUUGGCGUGUUUGGAUAGUGGGGUUCCCUUCAUGGCCUAUUCAGGCAGGUGUGUUUUCCCUGUUGGCAUGGCUGUUACAUGACUGGCGAUACAUACAACUAAUGACGGCUCUUUGUGCUAUUCCAUGUCUUCUUGCAUGGUUCGCAUUGCCAGAAAGUUUCCGUUGGUACAUAGCCCAUGAUAAACCAGAGAAGGCAGCUCAAAUCAUUACACGCAUAGCCAAAUAUAACAAGCAUGAAGAAUCCGAUAUAGACAAAGUUCUAGAUAACCAGGAAGAGCAAGAAGAUCAGAAAUACACAGUGUUACAUUUGUUCAAAUCAAGAUACUUGACAAAAAUAACGAUUCUUCUGUCAUUCAGUUGGUUUGCCCUUGGUGUUGUGAAAUAUGGAAUUGAAUUUGGGAUCCAGGAACUUUCUGGAAACAUUUAUUUAAAUGUUUUCCUAUUUAGUAUUGUUGGUAUUCCAGGCAAAGCAGUAGCGCUCUGGCUUCAAAACAGGUUUGGUCGAAGAGCAACAUCGGUUAUAUGUUUUAUAGUUGUUGCUGUAGGUGGAUUUGUUGUCGGAUUUGUACCGACGUUUAAUGCACCGCACAAGGACGAACUGACCAAUGGGUUUGCCCUGGUAGCCAACAUGGGUAUAACUAUGGCAUGGGGACCAGUACAGACGAUGACCAUUGAAUUGUACCCCACUGUCAUCAGGUACUUCUAUCUUAGAUUGUGA